AUGGCGAUCGUUGAAGAAAUACAAGAAGAUCACACUCCCAGAACUGCUCCUGCUUCCACUGCUACAGACCAGUCUACGGGCAUCAAGCUUCCCGAUGAACUUGCGUGUCUUGCCUUUGCAUUCACGCCUGAUCAGGAGGAGUCGAAGCGCUCCAAGGCGUUUCUUGUUCUCGCUUCCUACUGUCAAGGAGUGCGCACAGCUUUUCCACAAAAGGCUGGGGACGAAACGAAUCUUGCUACGGAGAGACUUGCGCGCGUAUUUGAACCCAUGGCUGGUCGCGUCGCAGAGCCGGAGGAGAAAGAAGUCAUCAUCGGCCUUAGCUUCCUGUCUGCUCUAUUCCAGGUCGACUGGGAGGUCGCGUCUACACUCUUCGCUCGAGAGAGUUUUCUCGCCGCAUUACCUGAUGUUCUCGAUCUAUACCCUGCCGAUAUCAUCUCCAAGGAAGUCGCGCGAAUGCUUUCCCAGGCUGUCGGACAUAAAGCAUGCCGCUCCGUGUUGCCCAGGGAGUGCAUCGAAUGGCUUCAAACCGUCAUCCAUCGAAAGGACCAGUCUCUGCGGGCACUCGCUGCUAUUGCCAUCGUGAAGCUCACGAGAGGAGCGAAAUCCGACGCCGCUGCACUUCCGCAGGGUGACGCGCCCGACAGUGCGGCAGCCGAUAGCGAACUGGUCGCCAUGAUGAAAGGCCUCGUCCUGAGUGGGGAGAAGGAUUCGCUUCCCGACGCGGUUGAGGGUCUUGCGUACCUAUGUGUCGAACCUGCGGUCAAGGAGACAUUGGCGUCAGACGAACAAUUCCUUCAGCAAUUGUUUGCUCUGGUUUCUCGUCGCAAGGGUGCAAACGCGGCGGCUCCUAAUCAUGCCCUGAUCUUCGGUGUUCUCAUGAUCAUGUCGACUUUAUGCGCAUACCGACCGCGCCUAUCCGCCGAGGACGCUCAGAUCCAGAAGCUACGAAGGAUUGCCAAGUCGGGGAAGAAGUCCGAAGAUGCGGAAGAUGGAGACGGCAAAAACAUUCUCGAUGAUGACGAGCACGCCAAGAAGCGCUGCAAGGUGGUCGUCCAAGCAGGCGGGUUGAACGUCUUGACGAGCGCCGUCCGGAUGAGCGACAGCGAAGGGAUCAGGUUCAUCGUAGGGCAGACGUUGCUUUACAUCUCUGAAGACAAGGAGAAUCGUGGUCUGAUGCUACAAGCUGGCUCUACUCGAGCUCUGGCAGAGAGUAUCAAGAAAUCGUUGCCCGAUGCCUCAUCUUCGGGAUCAGAACCUCUUGAGCCGCCGCCGCCCACCAUCCUUCCACCCGUACAAGCUCUCGCUAAGUUGGCUAUCACAGCGUCGCCUUUGCAGGUCUUUGGACCCAGCGCGAGUCCCCUGAUUGACUCCAUUCGCCCCUUCUCCAUCUUAUUGCAACACCCAACUUCAACCGCACUCCAGCGGUUCGAGUCCAUGAUGGCGCUGACGAACCUCUCGUCGUACUCGGAGCAAGCCGCCGAUCAUAUUGCAAAGGCCAACGGCCUCUUGUCGAAGGUCGAGUUCCUCAUGCUUGACGAUCACACUAUGAUCAGGCGAGCCGCGAUGGAGUUGCUGUGUAACCUCAUGGCUGGCUCAGAGGAGGUCUUCACGCGGUAUACAGGCGAUGGAAAGUCAGAUGGUGCUAAGUCAAGACUGCACGUCCUGUUAGCUUUGUCAGAUGUGGAAGAUCUCCCGACGCGUCUGGCUGCUUCGGGCGCAUUGGCGACACUGACUACGUCCUCGAAUGCGUGCAAGCUUCUAUAUGCGCUCGAGCAGGAGAAGCAUCGAGUUAUGCGGACAUUUAUACAACUACUCGAUCCACAUUUACUGGACCCUUUGACUGUAGAAGAGGAGGAACCGGAUUUCGCCAGCCAGGAGGUGCCGCUUGCCGCAUCCGAUCCUGGUUUGCGUCACCGCGGCGCGGUGUGCGUGCGCAACUUUCUCGCCAACUUGCCGUCAAAUGACCUGAAGGCUUUGAUCGCCCAGGAGGAGACGAAGGUACUCUUACAGGCGCUGAAGCAAACGCUCCAGGAGAAUCGGGAGAACAUGGAUUUAUUGCGACCAACAGCCGAGUCGUUAAAGUGCUUGAUGGACGCUGGAAUGGACAUUGCAGCAUAG